CUUUGCUGAACUGCCAUCGUCUCCUCCUCUUCUGCCAACCACUCCCUCUUCGGCCACUCUGCCAUGGAUCCCCGCGACGCGAAAGCGACAACUCUCGGAACAGGACUGCCAUAUCUCGAGCGAUCCAUUAUUCUCAGAUGACACUUCCGGCACUGAGGAUGCCAGCAGAUAUCAGCGACCAAAGCGAAAGCGUAUGAUCCGCGGUCCGUGGUGGGAGAUUGCGAAUAAGGAGGGACGCCGAGGGACACAGGACGUAGCGACGCCAAAGCAGAAGGACUUUUCCAGGAACGUUGACAGUGGUAUCUGGAUGGGAAGCGACGGAAGCGAGGACAGUACUGAGAGCACAUCUUGCUACCCGGAUAGCAUGCGCCGAUUGCAUGUCACCGACCAUUCGCGGAGUCUGCAGACACCCAGAGCUGCACCUCAGCAACCUACACCACAGAGUAUAGCCGCCAGUAUUGUGACUGGAUGCGUGGAGAAUGGAAAGCAGACUGUGGACCUAUCAGACCUUGGACUCGUCGAUAUCCCCAGCUCGACGCUGAAGCCAUUGCACGAGUUGAUACGCCAGCCGCUUUUUGAUGCAUCGUUGCCCCCCUCCGACGACGAAUUCGGUCCUCUAACACCAGACAUACAACUAUUUCUGGCCAGCAAUGGACUGACUACACUGCCUGAUGAGCUGUUUCAACUCGAGAAUAUUACUGUGCUGAGUCUGCGGAACAAUGCACUGACUCAGCUUCCCUCCGACAUUACCCAGCUUAAGAGAUUAAAAGAAUUGAACGUAGCGGGCAAUGGUAUCGAAUACCUGCCCUGGGAACUGCUCGAUAUCCUACAGUCACGCCGCAGUCGACUCAUUGUGCGACCUAAUCCGAUGCUUGAACCUAUGAAGGACUUCAGCGAGAGCUCACCUUCGCCGCUAGCAACGCAGCCUCGGUCCAAGCAGGGUAUCAAGUUACAGCACUGUCCUGAUGCUCGAGUAUGCAUAGAAGAUGCUCGGACGCAGUGUGCUGCGAACGGCAGUCUGGACAUGCGGACUGAGCUGGAGCUUCGAUUGCAGCUAGGCCAUGCGCUUUGGGAGCAGCAUCUUCAGAUGACAACAGCAGUUCAGGACCAGGGCAAACGCCGGGACGAGUUGAUAUAUCUCGCAUCCUCUGCUAUUCAGUACUACGAUGUUGACGGCCGCCCGAACAGUCCUACAUUGGCGGAACAUGAUGCUCUGUCUACUCGUGCACGUUUAGAACAGUGCGAAGCGACGCUAUCUUCAACGCGAGUGCCAUCACUGCUGGAGCUAGCACUGCGAGUCACACAACAACAUUACGAUCUGUCACAUAUACCGGACGAUAUGCCGUCAAGGGUUCACACCGUCCUUCAGAUGGCCAAGACCAACGCCCACAACCAAGUAUGCUCGACUUGCAACCGAAGCUGCAUCAUCACACGAGCACAGUGGUUCGAGUACUGGCAUAGUGGUUCGUCUGCCAAAACCGAGCUUACGCAUGAAUCUGUGUUGCCUUUCAUAAGGCGAGCAUGCAGCUGGGCUUGCGCAGUGCCUACUGCAAUAGGCACAUUCAGGGCUUGAUUAUAAUUGGCAACUUGUGUACACAUAACCCGGGCACAUUUGUAGAGCGAUUAGAUUCUUGAACUGCUAAUACCAUGCUUACAUUGAAAUUGCAUGUUGCAGGGUAC